UGUAAUUUACCGUUAUACAAAUCCCGUGGAUGGACGGGUGCCACAACCGGCGGUUUGAUUGAAAAAUUUCACGCUUUUUUUGUUACAUUUGAAGCGAUGCGCCUUUCUUCAUCUCCAUUAACGGCUUUUGCGAUUCCAUGCUCCUUAAAUUCUUCCCACCUUUCAUUCUCACAGUUCGUAUCGAACGUCAGUUGUUCUCUGCUCUUCCUUCUCCAACUUUUAUUAGGUCUCCUUCAAAUGGCAAAGUACACGAGGACGCAUCCCUCAGACCCAUCACACCUUACCGUUCUGGUAGAAUGAAAGCCUCAAUGGAGAUUUCCGAAGCGACAAAUGUCGCUGCAUCCCAUUCAGGUGAUUCGUUUUGUCCAAACAUUUCGAAAGUAGCAGCAAAAUUGAAGUUUCUUCCUGAAGGAAGACAAGUACAUUUACACAUAGUGAAAUUAGGAUAUUAUCACUGUCAAUCUUUGCAAAACCAUCUCUUAAGUUUCUACUUGAGGUGCAAAGCGUUUGCCGAUGCAAAUAGAUUGUUUGAUGAAAUGCUUGAACGAAAUGUAGUGUCUUGGAAUACAAUGAUCUCAGGAGCUGUGCGCUGUGACCCUAGUUCGCAGUCAAGCAAUAACCUCAGUUUGUUCUAUUUUAGGAAAAUGCUGGCAGAAAGGGUGGAGCCCAACCAUAUUACUUUUAUUGGUUUGCUCCGAACCUGCACCGAGCUAGAUGACAUUGAGUCUGGGAAACAGUUGCACUCUUUUAUAUUGAAAUUGAGAUUCAAUUCAAAUUGCUUUGUGAACACUGCACUUGUUGAUCUAUAUGCGAAAUGCACUUUGGUGGAUGAUGCACGCCGAGUGUUUGAUAAUGUUCUUUUGAGAGACCUGGUUUGUUGGAAUGUGAUGGUGUCUUGCUAUGCUUUAAAUGGUAAGGGGGAAGAGGCUUUUGGAAUCUUUCGGUUGAUGCAGUCUGAAGGUGUAAAUGGGGAUGAUUUUACCUUUACUAGUCUGUUAAAUGCAUGUGGAAUUCUGGGCUCUUUUCCAUUAGGGAAACAGCUACAUGGUUUCAUUUAUAAAAUGUCCUUUGAUUUGGAUGUUUUUGUGGCUAGUGCACUUGUUGAUAUGUAUGCAAAGACUGGAAGUAUGGAGGAUGCUCACAAAACUUUUGAUGGGAUGAUAAUUCAGAAUUUAGUGUCCUGGACCACCAUGAUUGUGGGCUAUGGGCACCAUGGCGAUGGGAAGGAGGCUAUGAAACUUCUCAAAAGAAUGAUCCAGGAAUAUUUUAUGCCUGAUGAGCUAACAUAUGCUAGCAUCCUUAGCUCAUGUGCCAAUUUGGCUGCUACUUGUGAAAUAUUCCAAGUUCAUGCCCAUCUGUUGAAAAGAGGGUUUGGAGGCUUUUUAUCUAUCGGGAACUCUCUAGUAAAUGCAUAUUCCAAGUGUGGAAAUAUUGCUGGUGCAUUCCAAUCUUUUAAUUCAAUCUUGGAGCCCAACCUUUUUACCUGGACUUCAAUGAUUGGUGCUUCCGCAUUUCAUGGUCUUUCUAGGGAGGCCAUACAACUUUUCGAGACAAUGCUUUCCAAAGGGGUAAGACCAGAUAGAAUUGCAUUCCUUGGGGUCCUCUCAGCCUGCAGCCAUGGAGGUCUUGUGGAUGAGGGGUUUCACUACUUUACUUCAAUGAUAAGGGAUUACCAAAUUUCCCCAGAUUCAGAGCAUUAUACUUGUCUGGUUGACCUUCUUGGCAGAGCUGGUCAUCUGGAUGAGGCUUAUAAUGUUCUGAUUAAUAUGCCUAAUGAACCUAGUUGUAAUGUCUUGGGAGCAUUUAUUGGGGCAUGUAAGAUCCACAAAAAUGUCGGAUUGGCGAAGUGGGCAGCAGAAAGGCUUUUCAAGUUAGAACCAGAUGACCCUGUGAAUUACACAAUCAUGUCUAACCUUUAUGCUUCAGUAGGACAUUGGAUUGAUGUGGCAAGAACACGCAAGACAAUGAGGGAGAAGUGUGGUUAUAAGAUGCCGGGUUGUAGCUGGAUGGAGGUUGGUGGUGAGGUUCACACAUUUGUAUCUAGUGACAAAUCACACCAUCAGGCACCUGAGUUGUAUGCUAUGUUACAUAUGUUGCUUAGGGUAAUGAAGGAGGAAGAUUAUGCAUACAAUGUGGACUUUCUGCUCCACCCUGUUUAGAGUUGAAUGUAUUCUAAGCUAGGUAUGGACCUCAUAUUGAUGACUACUUGAUGAGCAUUCCCAGUGGUGGUCAUCUCAUAGAUAUGACUCCUGCUCAACAUUCUGAGCAAAAACACGGAAUAUUCAAGUCAUUAACAGCUGCAAACAAAGUAGGAUAUUUGAGUGCACAUUGAUCCACACCAAAUUUCUACAUCGAGUUAUGGAAUUGGGGCUGUGCCAUCUUCUGCUUUGACUCAAUUUGGACCCGAGUUUGGGCAUGAACUACCACUCAGGGAGUUGCAAUUUGUGGUAUCCAUAUCAGGCACAAAUAAGUCCUUUCAACACCAUCCGAGGUCCGUGGCGUGCACCAUUCAUCCUCCAAGGUGAAUGAUAGUGUGCCACGCCGUCGUUCUCCAUAUUGGCCUUGUUGAGCAGCUCGACCAGAUGUCAUCCACAUCAGCAUCCACGUGGCUGUUCAAAUGGGGUGGUUUAUGCUCCCAUCAGCCAUUAUAAACAACACAACAGUUUCUGCCAUAUGAUGUUGAUUUGGGACGUUCACAAACUCCACCAUCCACUCAAGAAGGUAGUUUCAACAAGAUUGACACCUCAGUGUUUAGUGAAGCUAUCAUUUCAUCAAUUGAAGCGGAAGAUGUUUCCCCACGUCUUAAAGAUGUAAUGAUUUUUUUGUUGUUUUGGAUCAAUUGAAGGUAUAGCGAAUUUCAGGAAAUUAAGUUACAUAGAUAAUAUAGUAUUAUUCUACUGUAUUGGGACUCAAAUAGUCACCAACAAACUAUUUAAUGUUUCCUCCCUGCAGAAUAUGAAGGACAAAAUCCAAGAAAUGGAUGAUGAUAAUGUGAUGCUGUAACAUGAUUGUAUACAGGGAUAUGCCCUGUCAGUUUUUUAUCCUUGUCCAUCUGAAAAGGCUGUGCUUCUGUUGUGAUGCAGGAAACGGCAUUCAAUCAUACUGUUAAUGCAUAGCAAGUAAGACCAGCAAUUGGGAGAAUUCUUCAACUGUUUGAAAUGGAAGUUUACCAGGAAAGGACUAUUGGAGGCACAAGGGGUUUCUGUGUUUAUAUUUGGUCAAUGGCAUUUCUAUGAGAGAACGUGUCUAUUCCAACACUUCUCUUGGUUAUUUGUGACAAAUCAAAUUUAAGGAGACUGCCGUAACACAAAACAUACGACUCAUUUUCCCUUGUGAUAUCUUUGAUUUCUAGACCUUAAUUGUGAGGGUUCUGGUGGUUUGGGUAGAUUAAAAGCAGAAAGAUGAUGAAGAUUGCACAUGCACUGGAGGGAGCUGUCGUGAAGCAUUGUUUUUCGAAGGAAAAAAAGAAAUGG